AUGAACGUGGGAGAGACAUCCACACCCAGCUCUGGGCAAUCGCUUCAAAAACACGAAGAUCUGCUACGAAAGGCUGAUAAACUGAGGAGUAAGAUUGAUGGCUUGCACGUCUCUGAACAAUUGCUUCAAAAACAAAAAGAGUAUGACGCAUUGCUGCUAAAAGCUGCGGAAGUGUUGAGGGAGAUUGAUGGCUUGACUUACGCUCAGCAAUGGUUUCUAAAACCAGAAGAUCAUGAUGCGUUGCUGCUAAAAGCUAGGAAACUGAGGAGGGAGCUUGAUGACUUGCAGACUCUCAACGAUAGGAUGUGUGGUGAGGGUGUCGAAGCUAUGACCCUCACCGAUCUGCGUUCUCUGCAAGGUCAACUCCAACAAGGCCUGGACUCUGUUAGAGUCCAACUUGCACUGAAGACUAGAGAGCUUGAGGAAUUUGAAAGGAGUGUGGUCAAGCAGGAAUUAGGAGAGGAGGAAGACACUCACACACCUGCUGGGAAACAGCUGAUUAGGACUAAGAGGCAGUACGCUUUGUUGGCCCAAAAGCGACUUACAAGGAGUAGGACACUCAUCAGGAAGCUUGCUAGAAGACUUCGGACCAGGGGUGAGACAACGAGUCACUGGGAUGACUCUGAGACACUCAUCCGGGCUUUCUCCUACAUGGAGAACGAAAUUCCUAGGCUGGUUAUGUUGAACAGGAGAAUGGUUGGUGAGGAAAUAGAGAGUCUUGACUAUUCUGAGCUCAUCUUUCUCAGAAAGGAGAUCAAUCAUGCCAUGGUCUGCACGUGUUCCUGCAUUGUGAAGAAACUGAUGAGUAAAUGA